UAUGAAAAAACAUGCACAGCCUAUAGAUAGUAUAGAUAGUAUUCAGAUUUUAGAUUCAAUAGAAGAGCCAGCACAGGAGUUAAUUCGAGAUGACAGUUGCGAUCCAUUAGAGUUAGAGAUAUUUUUUUCAAAUACAAUAAAGGCUAUGACGGAUAUUUUAUAUCAAUAUGAAGUAGUAAAAAAAUUGCUAGUAUUUAAGAAGUUUGAUGAAUUUCGUGCCUAUAUGGAAGCAGAAAAUAGAUCUUUAAAAUUUUUUUUUAAUGAGCUUAUAUUGUUAAUAAAUUUAACACAAAAGAAGUUAGAUUUAUGA